CCCCGGCAAAACCCAAAUCAAAAUCACCCCCGAAACCCACCUCAAACCCAACCCACCCCUCAAACACCACUUCUUCAUACCACCUGGAAGAGGGUCUCUCCACCAACACCGUUCUCAUUCGGCUGCCGGUCACCGACAUGCCGUCGCUCACCCGCAACCUGCGCACCGGCUUCCUGCCGGGCACCACCCUGCUGCUGGACUUCCCCUUCCCCGCAUUCCCCGACAACCUGGGCCACUGGGCGGAGAUCCUGUUCCCCGUGUUCAGUGUGCUGUCGGAGGGGGGCUGGCGGAGCGACACGGCGGGCAGCAGGCAGGCCGCCAUCGACCGCAUCCUGCUGCCCAACCUGAGGAAGGAGAUGGGCGACUGGUUCAGGGAGGUGCUGGCGCUGGCGCUGGCCCCCGGGCUGCGGCGGGGGGGCGCGUCGGUGCCGCCCAUCAUCGACCACACAGACCUGGAGGCCUACCCCAAGCUCUCCUGGCUGGCCAUUGAGAACCUGCUGGUGGUGCAGGACAGGUACACCCACCCCGAGCGCCGUACGGGCUUCAUCGCAGCCGACCACGGGGACCUGUGGCGCUACGACGGCUGCGCGCGCUACGUAAACCGGGAGCGGCAUGUGGGCUUCAGCGAGAGGCGAUUUGCGCUGGAGUUCAGGAACGCCGCCUGGCAACGUGCCGGCCUGCCGCCUCCGCCUGCCUGGCAGCCCGGCUCCCCGCCGCCCGCCCCCCUGCCCGGCAGCCCCGCCCUGCUCACCCUGCUGCUGGCGCAUGAUGAUUACCCACUGCUGGUCAACUGGCGCGAGGUGCAGUCGCUGCUCCGCCGCCACGCCGCCCCGCUGGGCCUCACCGCCCGCACCAUCAGCCUAUCCACCGACGCGCCCUUCGCCGCGCACCUAAACACGCUUGCGGCCAGCCGAGUGGUGGUGGCGCGGCAUGGACCGCUGCUGGCCACCGCAUCACUGCUGGCGCCGGGCUCAGCGGUUGUGGAACUGCUGCCUUACAAGUGGGAGUGGCUGGGUAUCUCGCAGCUCUACAUGAACGCCACGCAGAGUGUGGGCGACAUCCACCACUUCGCGUGGCGACCCUCCGACUUCCGAUUCGCACACUACGAGCACGAAAACCACACUCGCUACCGCACCUGGACCCCCGAGGAGUGCAGCGCCCGGGAGUGCCUCAUGGUGCAUGCGCGGGCGGGGCUGGAGGUGGACAUUCAGGAGCUGGACUCGCUGCUGUCCGCCAAGCUGCCCGGGGUGGUGGCGGGGCUGCCCGUGGAGAAGCUCAGGGCGCCCUGGCCCAAGGCGGUGUGAGGGCAGGUGGGGGGAAGAGGAAACUAACGAGCUGGAGCUGACCUGCUGAGGCAGAUGGGGAGGGGGGAGGGCCGCAAUGACAUGGAGGAGAGGGUGACUGCGUGUUUGGCACGGUGCAUGGCAAGGGGGCAUCCUCGGGUUGCUGCUCGUAUCGGACUCGUAUCUCCCCGCGUGCGAAGCGUGCUGAGAGGGAGGCGGCUGGCGAGACUUGCUGAGGUGUGCUGAAGCUGAGUAUGGCGUACGACAUGGGCUUUGGCACGUGCUAUUUGCUUAGCUUGAGAUGAGGUCAAAGGCGUGCUACGGUUUAAGGUUCCGGUGUGUGAAUACGGUCAAGCGCGGGCGUAGGGGAGGCGAGAGGGUCCCAGUGUGGUCGAGGAGGGUUGCCGCAUGAGGAGCGUGAGGAGUAUUUGGUUACGCAUGGACAUGACAACCGUCGGAUGUGUGGAUCACAGCUGGUUUGCGGGCUGGAAUGGAGAGAAGGACGGGCGUGUGAUUCAUGGUGGUAUUGCGGCAAGCGGAGUUGUGUGAGGGACGGUGCGUGAAGUUCAGGAAACGCAGCGUCAGGUUGCACAGCCAAGCGAUUAAAAGAGCGAGCAAGCAUUGCCUUUCACCAAUGCUGAUCUAACGUCAGAUCCCGAUAGCUAGCCCGGCGCGCAAACGCCACGUUGGAUGUUGACUUGGAGCACCAUGUGCCAUUGACAACAAUGAAAGGUUUAACGCUCCAGCGGUCAUUCUCUGUUGUCCGCUGCUGCGCUUGCGCAAAGCUACUUGCCAUGCGAUUGCAUACUGGCGUUGCAACAUACGGGUUGCCGAUGUCCGGCUGUAACGUCUCUCGUGCUUGCAACGAUGCCUG